UGGCAAGUUGCCAACACAAUAACGAAUGAAGUUCUAUGACUGAGGUAAAGACUGACUCUGGUAAGGGGUAUUAUAUACACAAGAAUAGGAGCCCGAUAAUGAUUUCAAGAGUUAAGUAGUAGACAUCGUGCUCCAAAUCAUAGACGCAUUAACCAUAUUCAAUUAUUCCCAUAGCAUCAUCUCUGUUUACAAUCCUGGUAUUUGGCGCGGAAUUUCAUGGUAUGGUACAAUGGACAGCGCCGCACGAGCAACGCCUAGGCUUCUCCGCUACCUGACUGCCCUGGUUGGCAUCGGAAGCAUCACAGUAGCGACCGCGGCAGGUGCAGGCGAAGCUACCAUUGAACUGUAUGAGAGUACGCGCGAGGGACCAUGGGGCGAGCCUCUCACUCAGUUUCAUGCCGCUCUCGACAACCAUCCCAAUGCGACGGGCGACUUUCCCUUUGGCGGGCCCAAUAUCUCGUCGCGUUACGUCAGGCGCCAAGACGGCGGCGGCGAAAUAGACGGCUGGUCGUGGUCUAUAGCUGUAGCCUCGGAUAUUUCUCUCGAGAACUCGGAUAAGCAAACAGAUCUCGCCAACCAGAGCGAUUUAUUCUACGUGGGCGGAAUAAUAACCCUAAAUGCACCUGAGUCGCUCCUGAACUCUACCGGCCAUCUCACUGUCAGUGAUGACUGGGAGAUGUGCACGUUCCGCUGGCUGCUGAACGGCUUCAACUACACGGAUCGGCUCCGAAGCGACGACGGCACGUGUACGAGCGUUCUGACGGAGCAGUGCAUUAGCUAUCUGAAAGAGGCGGCGUACGACAAUCACCACCAGGGCAGCGUCUGUUCGUGUCCCAUGCUUGACGACGUCGGGCCGUGCGAGGACCUUGGCGAAAGAAGCGCGGUGCUGGGUCAUAGCUGUACUGCGCAACGGUACAACGCAUCGGAUUUCAGGGAGUGGGAAGAUGGUAAAUUAGAUGUUCAUCUGUUUGGGGAUAAGCAACCUCAUGAUUUUGGCGACACGGCGAAUUAUGACGAUAUUGGAAGCCUUGCCUGGCCCAUCAUAACGACCUUCAAGAAUCGUACGGGAGCAGAGGAAUUCAGCAAUGCUAGAUCGUUUAUGUCUUGUGUGCGUGCGAUGGAUGCUGUGGAUGGGAGUGACGCGCCCGAGUUUGAGAGCCGCGCGAGUGGGCUGGGCGUCACAUGGGCUAGGAUAGGAAUUGUUCUUGCUUUAUGUAUUCUGACAUUAUAAAGGACGUUGGAGGAGACUGUAUCUCUUGAUUGAAAAAUAGAUAUGAAGUUUCUUGCAAUAAAUUCUUUGCUGCGUGGGCUCGUCAUAGACGGCCAGAUUACCAUCCGG